AUGGCUUCGGUGAUCAUUGGCACGCCCGUCGCGCAGGCCGAGCUGCAGCAAACAUGGUCCAACAGUACAUUACACUUCCCGGGUAACCUCCCGGGCUUUUUUGCCGGUUGGUCUACUUGGCAGUAUGCUGUGACAUUUCUGCUUGGUGUUGUAGUCUACGAUCAAGUUAUGUACCUCAUACGCAAAGGUUCAAUCGCAGGUCCUACGCUCAAAAUCCCACUCAUGGGACCCUUCAUUCAAGCUCUGCAUCCAAAAUUCGAGGAAUAUCUAGCACAAUGGGCGAGCGGUCCCCUGAGUUGUGUAUCCGUCUUCCACAAGUUCGUCGUGCUUGCGUCCGACCGAGACAUCGCCCACAAGGUCUUCAAAUCACCAGCCUACGCCGGGCCGUGCAUCGUUCCCAUCGCCAAGGACAUCCUCGGCCCUAAGUCCUGGGUAUUCCUCCAGGGCAAGGCCCACGUCGAGUACCGCCGGGGCCUGAUGCCCCUGUUCACCAACAAGGCCAUGGCGACCUACCUGCCCGUCCACGAGAAGGUGCUGGGCGACUACUUUGCCAAGUUCGUCGCCGCGAGCGAGGCGGAGCGGGGAGGACCGACGGCCUUCAUGGCGCUCUUCCGCGAGAUCAACUGCGCCCUCUCGUGCCGCACCUUCUUUGGCGACUACAUCUCCCAGAACGCCGUGGAGAAGAUCGCCAACGACUUCUAUCUCGUCACCGCCGCCCUCGAGCUCGUCAACGUCCCGCUGUCCAUCGCGUGGCCGACGCCGACCUGCAUCGUCGACCACUGGGUGCUCCACAUGAUGGAGUCGGAGCGGUACCGCGCGCGGGUCGCCGCCGGGGACGACGCGGGCGCCGCGCGGCCGGCCAACGUGAUCCGGGAGUUCACCAACGAGGAGAUAUCCGAGACCCUCUUCACCUUCCUCUUCGCGUCCCAGGACGCGUCCAGCAGCGCCACCACCUGGCUGUUCCAGAUCCUCGCCCAGCGGCCCGACGUCGUCGAGCGCGUGCGCGCCGAGAACCUGGCCGCGCGGGGCGGCGACGGGACCAGGCCCUUUGACCUGCCGAUGCUCGAGUCCCUCACAUACACCAACGCCGUGGUCAAGGAGGUCCUGCGCCUCCGGCCGCCCGUCAUCUUCGUGCCCUACCUCGCGACCAAGAAGUUCCCCGUCACGCCCGGCUACACGGUCCCCAAGGGGUCCAUGAUUAUCCCGUCGUGCUACCCGGCCCUACACGACCCGGAGGUCUACCCCAACCCGGACCUCUUCGACCCGGACCGCUGGAUCACCGGGGAUGCCGAGUCCAAGACCAGGAACUGGCUCGUCUUCGGCGCGGGGCCGCACGACUGUCUCGCCAGGCGGUACGUGCCGUUGACGAUGGCGGCGAUGAUCGGCAAGGCGGCGCUGGAGGUUGACUGGAAGCAUUACGCGACGGCAAAGUCGGAAGAGAUCAGAGUCUUUGCGACGCUGUUUCCCAUGGAUGAUUGCCAGCUGAGUUUCACGCGGCGGUCUUAG